AUGGGAUGCGAAAAUCUCCUCUUUACCCUUAAUGAAAGAAAGCCCACGUAUUAAAAGAGUUUAAGAUCAAAUGGCUAUAAUUCAUUCUCAUUUCUCUCCUGAUAUUCUCAUUUGAUCCCUACUCUAAGUAUAAGUAUAAGCAUAAGCAUAAGCAUAAGCAUAAGCAUUAGCAUAAGCAUAAGCAUAAGCAUAAGCAUAGGAAAUUGAGAGAAGGGAGAUCUGGCGAUAGUACGGUUAACCAGCAUCGCUACCGAAAAGCUGCCCGGCGCGGCAAAAGCGAACACGGAAGAUGAAGGAGCCAGAUUCCUUAAAUUCGGAUCUGUUUUAGUCCAAAUCCUAGGAAUUACUCACCAGCCGCACAAUAUUUUGAGAGAAGGGAGCUCCGCUGCCACUACGCAUAGAUGGCAACAAGCUCUCCUGCAACGGGGUCAGUUUAGCAACAGGGAUAGUGGUACUACGACUGGUGGACUCCAGGAGGCGGCCCAGCAUCAACUAGAGACCCAGUCUCGAGCGGCGAACCAACAACAAGCAGCGUCCCUGUUCUGAGAGGCUCCAACUCUCCGAGGGAUGAGACCAGCAACAUCCAGGCGCGGUCUUCACCAUCAGUCCAUCACCGACGGCACAAUAAAGGCAGGGGACCUCCAAGUAGACAGUGGGUUCAUACAAGGCAUUUUGCAGCAAGAAAUCCAUAUCCACGCAAUAGAACUAGUCGUCCCUACAAAUUGGGUAGGUAUGAGAAGACACAAUCUGCCUGUUUCACAUCACACUCUGAUGGGUUUAGCACCUUUAUUGAAAGUAAAUCUUUUCACUUCCAUAUUUUCGAUAGCAAUUAUAUACGGAUUUCAAAGACGAAACAUGGAAUUUGUUAUGCUGUCGAACUUGAUUUGAAAAAGGUUUCUUGGUUGAAGGAGUCAAUUCCAAAGCUUUUAUCUGCUAAUUGGGUCCAUCCACGAUUGCGGCUGAAUAAUUCUUUUUACAUUCAAUACGAUGCCAUUUUUUUUGGUGGGUUUAUCCGUAUCAUGGAUAAGGAGCAAAAUUGUUUAUUCAUUCUCGAGGGAAGGAAUGGCUUGGGGUUUUACCGCUUUCUGAAUGAGCUUUCAAAAGCAACUACUUUUAUGCAUGAAUUAGAGGUCAAGGUGCCACCACCUGCGAUUAAGCAGGCCUCAUGUGAGAUUUUUUCAGGGUGCGUGGAUUCUGAAUUCGUAUGGGAUCCUUCCAUACCUCAGUCCGAUGGAGAUGACUCCUUUAAAAAUGAUAUUUCUAUUUCAGGUUUCUUACUUCAGGUUGAUAUUGAACGUUCUGCAUCCGUUGAGAAAUCGUUGGACUACUUUGAGAAUACUAUGACUAAUGGAGUGGACUCGCUUUCUCAGUUUUUAAUUAGAGAAUUUGAAUGAAUUCUUGCCUCAUCUUUGGGUAAUCAUAACUCUUGGUUUAAGAGACCUGUUGAAGUAGAGAAAGCUAACGACCAAACUAAUCGGGAUGCAAAUUCUUUGAGAGAUGUGUUUAUACAAAACCAGCACUUGGUAGCGUCUGAGAGUGAGGAUGUCUUUGUCGAUAAUAAUUCAUACUCGGCGGAUGAAUUUCUUGGUCAUGCUUCUGAGAGUGAGAAGAGGGCUCCGAUUUCAUCCCUGGAAGAUUUAUGGGACUCCGAUACAAAUGAAGAUAUCUUUAACAAAUCAAGGCUGGUCACGAAGGAUAAUUGUUUGCCUACGGAGAAUCUAAACACUCAAAUUAAGUUAUACAGGAAGAAGCAUCAACGCUCGCAUAUUAUGAGAACCAGAUCUCAAUCACGCUUGGAUUUCUACAGUUUAGAAAGAGCUAUUUGGAUUCCUUGGGUUGUUUUUUACUUCAGGUUGGGCCAUUUAUAGUUGUAUUUCAUGUUCAUUAUUUUCCUUUUCGUUUCUUUCCUUUUACUUGUUUUCAUUUUCAUUGUACUUCCCUUUGCUUAUUUAAUAAAAUUUACUUUCUUUCAAAAAAAAAA